CAAACCUCUGAGAGCUUCUCCAUAUUCAGAAGUAGAAGAAAGAAGAAGAAGAAGAAGAAGCUCAUUUUCUCUCUCCUCCGCUUCUUCUUCGUCAGAUCUCUCUCCCACGACACAAAAAACAAGCCACUUUCUAAGUCUGAGCUCUUCAUUCAGGAUAGUUAUAACAAAGAAAGAUGGUCAAGAUCUGUUGCAUCGGAGCUGGAUAUGUCGGUGGCCCUACCAUGGCUGUGAUUGCACUUAAGUGCCCAGAAAUUGAAGUGGCUGUUGUGGACAUCUCUGUUUCACGGAUCAAUGCCUGGAACAGUGAGCAGCUCCCAAUCUAUGAACCGGGUCUUGACGAUGUGGUCAAACAAUGCAGAGGGAAGAACCUCUUCUUUAGCACAGACGUUGAAAAGCAUGUCAUGGAGGCAGAUAUAGUCUUUGUCUCAGUCAACACUCCUACCAAAACCCAGGGUCUUGGUGCUGGGAAAGCAGCUGAUUUGACCUACUGGGAGAGCGCUGCUCGUAUGAUUGCGGAUGUCUCAAAGUCUGACAAAAUUGUGGUUGAGAAAUCGACUGUCCCUGUGAAAACAGCUGAGGCAAUUGAAAAGAUUCUGACCCACAAUAGUAAAGGAAUCAACUUCCAGAUCCUUUCCAACCCGGAAUUCCUUGCCGAGGGAACUGCAAUCCAAGACCUUUUCAAUCCGGACAGGGUUCUCAUUGGAGGUAGGGAAACCCCAGAAGGUGCAAGGGCUAUGCAAACAUUGAAAGAUGUUUAUGCUCAUUGGGUUCCUGUUGAUCAGAUUAUUUGCUCGAACUUGUGGUCUGCUGAGCUUUCCAAGCUCGCUGCAAAUGCCUUCUUGGCACAGAGGAUAUCUUCUGUUAAUGCCAUUUCGGCUCUCUGUGAAGCAACUGGGGCAGAUGUCACUGAAGUGUCCCAUUCUGUUGGUACAGACUCAAGAAUCGGGCCCAAGUUUUUGAAUGCCAGUGUUGGUUUUGGUGGGUCCUGCUUCCAGAAGGAUAUCUUGAACUUGGUCUAUAUCUGUGAGUGCAAUGGCCUUCCUGAGGUAGCAAACUACUGGAAACAGGUCAUCAAGAUCAACGACUACCAGAAGAACCGAUUCGUUAACCGUGUUGUCGCCUCAAUGUUCAACACAGUUUCAGGUAAGAAGAUUGCAAUUCUAGGGUUUGCUUUCAAGAAGGAUACCGGUGACACCAGAGAGACCCCGGCUAUUGAUGUGUGCAAGGGGCUGUUGGGCGACAAAGCCCGGUUGAGCAUCUAUGAUCCACAGGUUAAUGAGGAGCAGAUUCAGAGGGAUCUCUCUAUGAAGAAGUUUGAUUGGGACCACCCUAUUCAUCUUCAACCAAUGAGCCCUACCGUCGUGUGGGAUGCUUACGAGGCAACAAAGGAUGCUCAUGGGGUAUGCAUUUUGACCGAGUGGGACGAGUUUAAGAAGCUUGAUUACCAGAAGAUUUAUGACAACAUGAGGAAGCCUGCAUUUGUGUUUGAUGGUAGGAAUAUUGUGGAUGCCCAAAAGCUAAGGCAAAUUGGGUUCAUUGUUUACUCCAUUGGUAAGCCACUAGAUGCUUGGCUCAAGGACAUGCCUGCUGUUGCAUGAAGCUCUCUCUGAGGUCUCAUCUCGAGAAGCUUGGAGGGUUGGUAUCAAAUCAAAUUCUAAUAUUAAAAGAGGAUGCUUUGUCCUACUUUACGUUAAUUUUUGUUAUUUGUUAUCCCCUUUCUCUAAUUUUGAGAUUUGUUUUUUGUUCUAUCCUUAUUAUAGGUUCUAAAACACAGUAUCUGGAUCUGUUCUUACUCCUAUCUAGCUAGCCCAAUAUCUGAAUUUGUUCUUUGUUUGUUUGUUUUUUUUAAUGUAAUAAUAAAUGAGAAAUCCAAUAAUUUCUAUACUAUUCAUCUAUAUUUGCUGUG